AUGCUAACCCCCACUUCCCACAACACUAACCCAUCAUGUCUUCAAAAAGCAAAAUCCGAAGAGGUCGCUCCGUCGACGUCUUCCAACAGCAGCACUCCUCCAAUUCAUCGUCGUGCACUAAUUCGUCAGUGUGCUUCUGUCGAACCUCUCCAACAAGAACCUGCCUCGCCGAAACGACUCCGCCCGAGGAGUCGGCUCGACAAUUUGCGAAACUUCCUUCCAAAACAUUUGAGGAGUGUCACGGUUUCACCGAGUAAAAUUCGAAGUGAAACGAUGCAAAGUCUUCAUAAUCUGCAUAGUAUUACUGUAGCUACUGUAGCAGAGCCAGGAAUGUUGAAGAAGAGUAUCAGCGAGUUUGUCAUCGGAUGUAAGUCUUCUUGCUUUUUGUAA